AUGGCGGACGUGGAGAGUGAAGGCGUCUCGGCCCCGGCCUCCCCCCCGGCCCCGGCCCCGGCCUCCCCCCCGGGCACCGGCAGCUCAGCCCCGGACCCCCCCCCGGGCACCGGCAGCUCAGCCCCGGGAGAUGCUGACGGGGACAUGAAGAAAAAAAUUGACGUGUUAUUGAAGGCUGUGGGUGACACACCAAUUAUGAAGCAAAAGAAAUGGACGGUGGAGCGAUCACGAACAAUCCAGGCGCUCAGUCUGUUCAUCAAGAAAUUUCUCAAAGCAGAACCUGCAGAGCAGCUGUUCAUCUACGUCAAUCAAUCGUUUGCUCCCUCUCCGGAACAGGAUGUGGGAACCCUGUACCAGUGUUUCGGAAGCGAUGGAAAGCUGGUGUUACAUUACUGCAAGUCACAGGCGUGGGGCUGACCAUCCUGCAAUUCAAGGCUGAGCAAAACCAAGGACUCUUCAACAGAACUCUUGCUAAAGAUGAAACCUCUCACUUGCAGCAUCGUUCUCUUCAGUUUCUCAUACUGUCAGGCUCAGUAUCUCCUCCCAGACAGCGCACUGUUGGGUCUGACUUCACCUCUACUGAUGAAUGUCCAGUUCCCUCUCGGCCAGCUCACGGUGUCUGCUUGUAUCUGUACUGAUGUUUCUCCAAGUCCCUCUCACUCUGCGUAACUCCAUCCACCAGUCAGACUGCAUCCAUACCCAAUACUCAGUCACACAGAGUGGGAUGUACCAGGUGCAGCACAAAGCCACACAAAGUUAGUGGAACCCUGGUGUGUUGGUUAUUAACCUCAGCCAGGUAGGAGCCUUAGUUUGCCUUGGUUUUGGGCAGGAUGGAAAAUCAGUUAGAGUCCCACAUUGGAUAAUUGUCCACUGCCUCCCCCUCCCCAACAUGGCUCAAGGAUUCUGUGAGCUGGUUUAGUCAGAUUGACCCCUGUUUCUGAUCUGAACACAACAUGCCCUGAAUGUGGGGAAAGACGGCAAAACCUUAGGCAAGUUUCCUAACUCCACAUACCUCUAUUCACCUAGC